AUGCAAAUUUUCGUCAAGACUUUAACUGGUAAGACCAUUACCUUAGAAGUUGAAUCUUCAGACACUAUUGACAAUGUCAAGUCUAAAAUUCAAGAUAAAGAAGGUAUUCCACCUGAUCAACAAAGAUUAAUCUUUGCUGGUAAACAAUUAGAAGAUGGUAGAACUUUAUCUGAUUACAACAUCCAAAAGGAAUCUACUUUACACUUAGUCUUAAGAUUAAGAGGUGGUGGUAAGAAGAGAAAGAAGAAGGUUUACACUACCCCAAAGAAGAUUAAGCACAAGCACAGAAAGCACAAAUUAGCUGUCUUAACCUACUAUAAGGUUGAUGGUGAAGGUAAGGUUGAAAGAUUAAGAAGAGAAUGUCCUCAACCAACCUGUGGUGCUGGUGUCUUCAUGGCUAACAUGAAGGACAGACAAUACUGUGUAACCAAUAUAAAUAUGAGUGGAUUCUCAAUCUAUGAUCUAGAUGAAAAGAUUAAGGAAUAUUUAAAGCCCGAUAACUUUCUUAAGGGGAAAUCUAUUAAUGAAUUUGUAGAAAUUCUUAGUAAAGAUCAUAUUCAAAAGGGUGCUGAAGUUAAUAAAUUAGAGUAUCUUGAUCCUAAACCAUAUAUAAGAACAUUUGAAUCUACAUUACGAGAACUUAAACAAUUGCAACUGAGACAAGAACAAAUAAGACAAAAGAGUGAAUCAGAAGUAUCAUCAGUUGAAUUAAAACAUAGUGAACAAGUACUUAAAUUAACUGAUAGAUUCUCAAAUUCAAUUAAUAAUUUUGCUAUAUUAGAUAGUAAUAUAUCAGAAGUAUCAGUUAGAAUUAAUCCAUUGGCCAAUUCCUUAAAUAAAAUCACCAGUUCUCGAGAUCAAUCAACUGAAACCAUUUUUUUAAUUCGAGCUUAUCAUGGAUUUUAUACUAAAGAAAAGUAUGAACCUCUAGAAACUUUAAGAACAAGUAAAUCAUUUGAUAAUAGAAUACGAUGUGCUAAAGUUGUAGCCAAUUUAUUAACUUUGGCUAAAAAGAUUGAAUCACCUGAAUUAUCUAAAACUACUAAAUGUAGUUUAGCAAUACAAAAGUAUAGUGAAAAUAUGGAAAGAGCCCUUUUAAAUAAAUUUGAAGUGGCAUUAGAUGGUGAUAAUUUUGAUAUUUUAAAUGAAAUAUCCAAAAUUUUAUUUGCAUUUAAUGGUGGAGUAAGUGUAGUACAAACUUAUAUUAGUAAAAGUGAUAUUUUUCCUCCUGAAGAAAUGGAAAUUAAUUCAAUUCUUGAUAAUGAAACUAUUUGGGCUAAAUUAUCAGAUCCUAAAUUUGGUGAAAUAAUUAAAGAUCCUUCAACUGAAGAAAUAUUAAAUUUUGCCAGUGCAGUAAUAAAGGGUAGAGCCAGAGAAGCACAAAGGAUAUUUGAAGAUCCAGUUCAAGUAGUUAAAAUCUUUAUUCAAAGAGUUUAUGCUCAAAUCAUUCAAAAUAAAGUAUCAACUUUAUUACAAUUUUCAUUAUCAGUAAGUUCAUUAGCUCAUGUUCGAAUAUUACAUACAUUAUAUAUAUUAGUAGGAGAUUUUACUAAAGAAUUAAAGAAUUUUGUUACAGUUGAAGAAUUCGAUAAAGAUGAUGAAUUAAGUUCAAUAUUAGAUCAAUCAUAUUAUGAUAUAUUUAUUGAAUAUACUUCUGAUCAAAUUUAUAUUGGCAGAGAAAAGAAGAAUUUAGAAGAAUUAAUUUUUGGAGUGGUUCAUUCUUUUCAUACAUAUAAUGAACGAGCUAUAACUACUAAUGCAUUAUCUACAAAGAUUGAUAAUUUAGAUAGUCUUGAAAUUCGGAAUUCUGAACAAGCAGCAGGUCAUGGAGAUAAAUUUGGAUUUAAAUUUUUAGAAAGGAAACGAUUAAAUCAAUUCCGAGAUUAUGUUAAAGCUAAAUUAACUGAUAGAAAUUCUGUUGAUUUUGAAAAUAAUCUUCCUGAUUUUACCACUAAAAAUAUUAAUAUUAAUCAAGUAGAAAUUAUAUUAAAAUCAGCUAUUGAAUCAAUAGCUAGGAUACUUGAAUUAGUUCCAAAUAAAGUACCAGAAUAUUCUUUAGAAAUAUUAGAAAUUCUUUUAUUUGAUUUCGGUAGACUUUAUGUGGGAGGAGGUUUAGAAGUAAUUUAUGAUCAUCUUAAACAAGAAAGUAUUAGUUCAAAAGUUAAUUCCAAUUCAUCAUUUGAUCUUAAUUAUUUAACAACUUUCAAUCUUGUUAGUGAAGUAUUAUUUUUAAUAUCUUCAUGUAUUAAAAAGAUUAUAUUACCAUGUUCAAUUAAUACUCCUAAUAUUAAAAAUAGAAUGAUUAAUUUAACUAAUAGUUAUGUUUCCAGAUGUGAAUUAUCAUUAAAUAUAAUUUUAACAGAAACUUUAGAAGUUAUAGCAAAUAAAAUUACUUACUUUUUAACUAAACAAAAGAAGAAAGAUUUUUAUUGUGAUACAAUUGAAGAUGAUACUGAAGCUUGUGAAGAUAUUAGUGAAUUUCUUAUAGCAAUUUAUACUCAAGCUUCUUCAAGUUUAAAUGGUAAGAAUUUAGAUUCUUUCCUUAAUAAGAUUGGAAUCAAUUUCUUAAAUCAAUUAUUAGAACAUUAUAAAAAGUUUACGGUUAAUUCUACUGGUGGAAUUGUUCUUACUAAAGAUGUAAUUAGAUAUCAAUCGAUUAUUGAUAAAUGGGGUAAUGGUGAAUUAUCAGAGAAUUUCCAAUUAUUAAAGGAAAUUGGUAAUUUGUUUACCGUUAGAGCUGAUUUAAUAAAUUCUUUAGUUACUGAAGGUCAAUUGGCUAAUUUAAAACCAUAUACUGUAAGACAAUAUGUUUCUAAACGAGCUGAUUUUAAUCCUCGAGUAUUGGAAAGAUUUCUAAGCAUAAAGCGUUAG